AUGAAAUUCGUAUCCGUUUUCCCCGCUUUUGGUCUCCUAAUGCCUCUUUGCCAGGCUCAGGCUGACCCUAAUACCCUUGCAAGGUACAAUCCAGCCAACAGAACAAUGUCAGCAAAUACCACAUACUGCCUCGUUCCCAUCAGCAAAACUCUUGUCAAGACCAUCACUGGGUAUAAUCCCUUGGACAUCGACACUGGCAUCUUGCCUUCUUUCCCUACUGGAAAACACCCGCUCAUUGUCCAAGCUGGCUAUAAUAAGGAUAUUCGCAUGACGGCACUGAACCUUGUCCCGUUACAGAUAGACUCUCUCAUGCAAGGCUCUCUCAUUGUGCCUUUUGUUGACGUCACAAAGGACGGACAAACCCCCAUCGGCGUCCCAGUCAACUAUUACAUUGGUGAGACUAAUGGCCAACCGCUCCAGGCCAUUGUGCCUAGUGUAGCCUCAGGUGUUUCUCCCUUUGAAGGGACCACCAUCUUCCCGGCGACAUUUUCUCCUGAUACAUCAGCUGCGAGGGUUCUCCCCAAUGGUUACAAUAGUAUACAAGUGAAGCCCUUCCUUCUACCAAACACUAUCUCUGGGCCUGGAAUCUACGCUGAAGCAUUCGACAUGUCGUUCAAAAUAACAGACAGUUCCCCUUAUACAGCCCACACCUUUCACUCACUAUUGAACAUCCCCCAGCUUCUCAACACCAACAAGUGUCAGCGCAAUACUGUCUAUUUCAACGAGUCGUCUUCUGAGCCGCGGAUGGCUACUGGGGAGGUGACUCUCUAUCACCAGAUUUUGGCUACACCUCUACAGGGACUAGAAGGAGUUUAUCGGGAUGUGUAUUGCUAUUCAGCUAAUGGUCAGAUUGUAUCGAGCGUGGGGGAGCCUUGUAAAGAGGCGGCAGCCAACAUGGAUCCAGAGGCUAAGGUUUAG